AUGUCGAUACUAUCCGCGGCGGUGGGCGCCGCCCUUCAAAUACGGCAAGAUGAUGAUUCUUCAGACGCUGCCCCUGAAUCCGGCUUCAGUGUUACAGUCGAUUGCGACACCGGUAACGAGUACGAUGGACGGAUGGGAGUACGAAUCUCCUCUAUUUUCGUUAUCCUGGUUGGUUCCUUGAUCGGCGCUGUCCUACCUGUCGUUCUAGCCCGUGGUACCAAGAUGAAGGUUAAUGGAACCGCCUUUUUCAUCGCCAAAUACUUCGGUUCCGGUGUCAUUAUUGGAACGGCGUUCAUGCACCUUCUUUCUCCGGCAUUCGACGCGUUAAAGUCUCCAUGUCUCCCGGAUGGACCUAUUAAUGACUACGACUGGGCAGCCGGUAUCUGUCUUAUGACCGUAUUCGUUAUGUUCACUAUUGAACUUCUCGCUAGCCGUUUCGACUUCUUCGGCCACGACCACUCCGAGGCUCAAGCUAUCGACCCGUCGCUGGAUAUUCUUAAGAAGGGUGGCCAGACUUCGCCGUCGCCUGUCCACAGCCACGGCCAUGAUCACGAUAUCGAAGCCGCUCCUGCUACCAAGGAAAGCGGGGCGAAUACUGGUGACAACAGCAUCAACCUACCUACCGACGUCUCCUACCCUCCUGGUGGCGAAGAUCACCUCGGCCACCAGCGCGAGCAUCGUGACGACAACAGCCACACUGCUUUCGCAGCACAAAUGACCGGUCUCUUCAUCCUUGAGUUCGGUGUCGUGUUCCACAGUAUCUUCAUCGGACUUACGCUUGCGGUCUCCGGCGACGAGUUUAAUGUUCUAUACGUUGUAUUGGUCUUCCACCAGACCUUCGAAGGCCUUGGUUUGGGUUCUCGGCUGGCUACUGCCCAGUGGCCCCGCUCCAAGGCUUGGAUGCCGUAUGUACUAGCUCUCGGAUACGCGGUUACGACACCCAUCGCGAUUGCGAUUGGUCUAGGAGUUCGUGCGACGCUGCAGCCUGGAAGCCCGAAGACGUUGAUCAUCAAUGGCGUUUUCGACUCGAUUAGUGCGGGAAUUCUGAUUUACACGGGUCUCGUCGAAUUACUCGCUCACGAAUUUAUGUUCAACUCGUAUAUGCGAAAUGCCGGGCUGAAGGUUCAGCUCUUCGCUCUUGGAUGCGUGGCACUAGGUUGCGGAUUGAUGGCUGUCCUGGCGGAAUGGGCUUAA